CGUGUCAUUACAAUAAAUGAUUUUGAGGUUAUGUGGAAAACUUGUUGAUAUCUGUGCAACUGACUGAACCCCCAGAAAACGGCACAUGAACACUAAUUCUCUGCGAAAGAUGCGAGAACUGGAAGUAGAGAAUAGCGAAAUCUCCGCUGAAGAAACCCAGUCUACUUCAGAUGAUGAUGGUGACACGUGCGAUGAAGACGAACUCAGCAAAAUUUUCAAAAAUUGUAGCCCAAUGGCAGAAAAAGUGGUGGCUCCCGAUAAAUACAUUCUACACAUCGCUGCAACCUUGGAAACUAAUCCGAACGCAGCGCUAAGUUUGUCCGAUAAUACAUGUGAAGUUUACAAUUUGAGCAAUAACCAGUUUGCCAAGUUGCACGUCUUUGCAGAACACACAGAUGUAAUUAGUGAAAUUAGAUUUUCUAGUGAAAAUAGUAAUUUACUCUAUACAGGUUGUGCUGAUGGACGUGUAAGAUUGUGGGAUUUGCGAACACCACGUGAAUGCAGUGUGGAAUUCAAAGAUACUACUGUGGGAAUUGGCAAAUUUGAAGAAAUCACGUGUUUCGAUGUUUCACCCAAUAACAUGCUGCUGGCAGCAGGAACAAACUUGUUUGAAGGUGACGCAUUCAUGUUGUUUUGGGACGUAAGAAAACAUUCUCUGUUGGGAGGGUACUGGGAAUCACAUACAGACGACAUAACGCAGGUGAAAUUUCAUCAUGAUGAUCCGAAUAAGUUGAUAUCAGGUUCUGUGGAUGGCUUGAUAAAUUUGUAUGAUCUCUCACAAAAUAAUGAAGAAGACGCAUUAAUAGAUUCAUUGAAUACAGAAUCUUCUGUGGAAAAACUCAGGUGGCUACAACACCAAGGAAAAGAUAUUGUUGGUUGCAUAACGCAUACCGCAGAUGUACAGCUUUGGCGUACUGAUGACGCGCAACCGUAUUGUCAUCUACAUAGGGCUGAAAUUGCCAAAGCGACCAAAAGAAAGUCAGAGGAGCACAUUUAUGUGGUGGAUACUUAUGCAACCACCAACAAUCUACUUGUUUUGGCUGGUUCGAAUUAUUGUGAUGGGGAGAGUUUUAGGGGAUUAUCAGUGGCGGGUAAAACAGUAGAGCCAACAUUUCGGUUUCUCAAUAAUAUGCAACGAGUACGUGCUUCAUGGUUUAAUUGUCAUACUGAUCUUCUACUAAGUGGUGGUGAGAAAGGAAUAAUUAAUGCAUGGAAACCAAGUUGAUGAAAACGUGUAAAAACAAACGAAAAAAUUGACUGAAUGUAAAAAUAAACUGUUAUUGCUUGUAGUAUUUAUGUAUCUUUUAACAUUAUAUUUUUUCAAAAUUG